AUGAGUUUGUCAAGCACAAGUGAUAAGCUACCGACACAGCUUGAAGGUGUUUAUGGGUAUAUAGUGUCGUCGUAUUUCAACGACAAAGUUGAUUUUCUUAAUUUUGAGUGUGUCAAUAGAAAGUUCCAUAAGAACAUUGAACGAUUUCAUUACAACCCAAUUUCCCUUACGAAAAAGACCAAAAAGCUUUUCAAAAAGAUCGAAACGCAAUUUUUUUAUAAUGAGAACGAUUUGAAGUACUUACAUAAACACGCAUCAAAAUAUAUAAUGACGUGUCCCGUUGAUUACAAGACGUCUUGUGAACACCACAAAAAGGGUAUUUUAUGCAACAAAGUGGUGUUAACAAAUGAAAAGGAUUAUAUGAAGAAGACGAGUCUACUGCAGAGUAUAACUUCAAUAUCAGAUGAAUGCUUCAAAGCUGUUCAGAUAAGAGAAAUAGUCAUUCCCAAAAGUGUCACACACCUUGGAGCUCGAUGUUUUGAGAACUGUUCACAGCUUGAAAGUUUGAAGAUUCUUGGUAGUGUUAUUUUAGGUGAAAAAUGCUUUAACAACUGCAGUGAGUUAACUUCUGUAAAGAUGAGUCGAGCUUCUAUUGGGAAUUUCUGUUUCUCCAAUUGCAUUAAUUUGCAUUUCUUUAUUCUUCAAGAAGUAGGCGCAUUAGGAAAUAACGCAUUUGAAAAUUGCGAAGUGUUAACGUCCGUCGUUUUACCUUCAACCAUAAGAAGAAUACCAAACAGUUGUUUUAAAAAUUGCGUUUCAUUGUGUUCACUAGAAAUGCCAAGUGGAGUUUUAGAAAUAGGAAAUGAGGCGUUCCAAAAUUGUGUGUGUCUCGAGCACUUCCCAUUUCCCAAGAUGCUGAGAACAAUUGGAUCUUUUGCGUUCAGUGGGUGCAUCAAUUUACUUGAGAUACCACUACCAAGUCAAAUAGAAAAUAUUCAAGACAGUGCAUUUGAAAAGUGUUAUGCCCUUACUGAUGUCGAGGUACCAGAAAGUGUCACAUACAUGUCAAAUAAAAUAUUCAACCAAUGCACAAAUUUAAAUCGAGUUCGCUUUCUCUCAAAAACCACUCAAAUUCCUUUGGAAUGCUUUUCAAUGUGUCAGAAGUUGGAUGCAUUUGAUGUGCCUCCGAAUAUUAAAGUGAUUAAUAGACUCGCUUUCUCUCAAAGUGGUUUGCGUGCAUUCAAAUCACUCCAACAAAUAACUUUUAUUGGAAGAGAAGCGUUUUUAAAGUGUCAAAUGCUGUCGGUGAUCGACUUAAGUGCAUCGCCUUUGUUACAUCUCGAGCCGAGAAUGUUUUGCUCCUGUCCACUCUUAAGAAAAGUGACUCUCCCAACUACUAUAAACACUUUAAAAACACAAUGCUUUACAAAUUGUUUUUCUCUUGAAGAAAUUGUAUUACCAGAGGGUAUUAUUACUAUAGGAGUCGAAUGCUUCUGUGAAUGUAUACACUUGACUAACAUCGUGUUGCCAAAUACACUCGGCUCACUGUUGGAUGGAAGUUUCAGAAACUGCUCCAGUCUGUCGAAAUUGGAUAUCCCAACGACACUUUCACUUCUUGGAGACUCCACGUUUGAAGCGUGUACGUCAUUGGAAAAACUCGCGUUCUCGUCGCGCCUGACGUGGGUCGGCGAUUUGUGUUUUAAGGACUGUUCAUCACUCUCAAUUCUCAAGUGUCCCGAGUCUCUGGCUUUGCCUCAAAACGCGUUUUUAAACUGUUUUUUCGAACCACAAGAAAAGACUAAACUUUGCCCGCCAAACAGACUGAAGAGAAACUACCAAACACUCAUUCGACCACAUAUCAAAGGAAUGUCGUCUUCACUUUGUUCUAGCGUUGUUAGUAUUUAA